AUGGAUCCUUUGUAUAGGAAUAAGAAGAUUAACGACCUGAGCGAGGAAGAGGCCAAAACCCUCGCGUUCCUAGGGCCGUAUGUCUGUGCGGGCGUCCGAGAUAUGUCCGAUGUAGCGAGGGCUGACCCCACGGGCCUGGGUACCGUGACAUGCUUCGUGCUGGACUGCAUCAAUCGCAAGUACGCGCCUCCGACCACCCUACAAGAUGCCCCCCGCUCUUCUACCCAGCGCGGGUGCACGCCAGAGACUCCAGCCGAGCAAGGGCGAGAAACCCCUACGGCUUGA